AUGGUAAAUACCAUAGAAGAUCAUUUGGAAAUUAUACCCCUCAAUGGUAUCGAUUCGUCUGCACCACCAUUAUUACCCAAAAAAUCCUACAAUAUAUCUCCACCACCGGCUGUACCAAAACGUCAACACACCAAAAACUCCAUAUCAUGUUUAAAAUUUUGGAAACAACGAUUUUUUGACUACUGUUCGAAUACAUCAAUACACGGCAUACAAUAUUUAGGAGAACGACGUCCCACCCUAGAUCGUUUUAUAUGGUUGGCUUUAAUUUUAAUUUCGUUUUUCUUUUGUAUUGAUUCGAUAACGGAAAUCUAUGAAAAAUGGAAUGAUACACCGGUUAUUGUCAGCUUUUCGGAGAAAUCAACAGAUAUUUGGAGUAUACCAUUUCCAGCCAUCACAAUAUGUGCGGAGAGUAAACGUUGGCAUCGAGAAGGUAUGACCUAUGAUGAACGUCUUGACGAUUUCAUCAAUGAACGUAAAUCAUUUACAACGAAUCUAACAAACGAAAUUGAAGAAUUUCUAACAAUGCUACAUAUUUGUUUAAAUGAUGCUGAAGAUUUUGCAAAUAACCCACCACUAUCCUAUCCACCUGUAGAUUAUAUCGAAGUACUGGAGAAAAUGUUACCACCAUUCGGUGAUAAUUUUGUUCAGUGUAAAUUGUUGGGCAACGACACCGAUAAUUGUAUACAAUAUUUUCGUAAAACCUAUACCGAAGAAGGUCUAUGCUUUACAUUUAAUGGUCUAAAUUCCCAAGAUUUAUAUCGUGAGGAUACUGUGCAAUACCAAGAUAUGCAGCAAAUGGAAAUGAAUACUAACAAUUUUUCGGGUGGAUUUUUAGGACGCAAAUUGACAUGGUCACUGGAGGAAGGUUAUACGGCUGGAACGGAAUUGGGUACAUCUUAUCCGGCUAGAGUUUUGAGUAGCGGCACAAAGGCUGGCGUUACGGCAAUUCUACUCGAUAAUAAAACCAAUAUUGACUAUGGUUGCCGUGAAGCAUCACAGGGCUAUAAGCUAUUGUUACACUCACCCGAUGAUGUGCCGCAGGUGUCAAAACAUUUCCUACACAUACCCAUGAACGAAGAGACCACAAUUGCCGUUUUGCCGAGUAUGAUGACAACAUCAAAAGCCAUUGCAAAGUACUCGCCCGAGAAACGUCAAUGUUAUAUGGCCAAGGAGCGGCAAUUGCGUUUCUUUCAGGUUUACACAGAGAAUAAUUGUGAAUUAGAGUGUUUAACGAAUUUCACCCUCCACCGAUGUGGGUGUGUUAAAUUUUCCAUGCCUCGGAACAGAGAUAUGCCAUUAUGUCGAGAACAUCAAAUACACUGCUAUGAAAAUGCCGAAGAUGAUUUAAUGUUGGAACAAUUUUCCGACAACCUUGACAAUUGCCACUGUCUUCCGGCCUGUACAUCACUGGAUUAUAAUGUGGAAAUAUCACAAAGUUAUUUUGAUGUUGAGCGGACACUAAAUGCCAUGAGUGGUGGCCAGGAGCAGGAAGAGGAGCAGAAGAUGCCAGAACAACAACAAAUCUCCAAUUAUGAAUAUGCCUCAUUCAGUAUCUAUUUUAAAGAUAAUCACUUUAUUACAAUCAAACGUUCCGAGUUGUAUGGUCUAUAUGAUUUCAUUGCCAAUUGUGGUGGUAUAUUGGGUUUAUUUAUGGGCGUUUCGAUAUUAAGUGUAAUUGAAAUUUUCUAUCAUCUCACCUUGCGUUUGUGGGCCAAUUUGAAGCGGAAAAUUAGUAUUAAAAUUAUUACUUAA